UUGUUCUGUUAUUACCUUUGGAUUAAUUUUCUUAACAAGCAAAUCAUCAAACAUUAACUCUACUCUCAAUGUGAUAGACUGCCUAAUCAACUGGUCAAGGACAGGAAGAACUCAACAGAAUGGCGUGCAGCACCAUCAUAGGUGUAAUGGUCAUGGCAUUGAGCGUGUUCCAUUCCGCAACUUUGGCAGAUGGGGAAUGGUGUGUGGCAUCAGAGAACGCAACGGAUGGACCUCUACAGGAAGCUUUGGACUGGGUGUGCUCACCGAAAGACGGGGAUACAAACUGCCAUGCCAUUCAAGAAACCGGGCCCUGCUACCUCCCUAAUACCGUGAGGGACCAUGCUUCCUAUGCCUUCAAUUCCUACUGGCAGCUCCACAGAGGUGAAGACGGCUCUUGCAACUUCAAUGGCCUUGCUAAUGAAACUUCAACGGAUCCAAGCCAUGGCAACUGCCAUUUCUCAUGA